CGGCCGCUAGAGGGCGACACGGAGCUAAUUAUGUAGGUGAAUCAGGGUUGAAGCUUCAAUCUUUUGUCAUAAUGGCGGGCUACUAAGGCGCACAUGUCUUGCUGAAAUUAUUAUCAAGUUCCACAUCCAAAAGUGCAAUUUAUAGAAGUGGUAUCUAAUAAGAAUUCAAUAUGGCAUCUCCCACUCCUUCGCAGAGUGACACUUUGACGACAGCAUCCAACUCGUCAGAUAGUGAGAUGGAGUCAACCAGUAUGAAUACACGAUGUAACCUAUGUACCGAAACGUUUACGAUACCAAAAGUCUUAAGCUGUUUUCACACGUUCUGCCAGCCAUGUUUAGAGAAAUCUCAAGAAUGCACAGAUAAAAUAACGUGUCCAGAUUGUCAACAUGACACCAUAUUAGGUGCCGAUGGAUUAAUGGGCCUGAAGCCAGAUUACGCAGUGAGCAACAUAUUGGAGUCGAAUGCUUUAGAAAGUAGUGCCUUAAACUGUACAGGUUGUAAAAGUAAAGAAACUAACGCUGUAGCUCGGUGUUUUGAUUGCGCCAAUUUUCUCUGUGCUAAUUGUGUUAUGGCUCAUCAGUUUAUGCACUGUUUUGAAGGACAUCGAGUCCUGAGUUUGGGCGACCUUCAAAUGAACAAAGAUGAACCUAAGGCUGACAAACAGGUCAACUGUCCCCGUCAUCGUAACGAUGUUCUGAAAUUUUUCUGUAAAACCUGUUCACAGCCCAUCUGCAAGGAAUGCACCGUCUUCGAACAUGGACGAGGCCACGAAUGUCAAUUUUUAAUGGAUGUCGCCCAUCGACAAGUUGACACAAUGCGCCACCUGGAGUCAGACGCCAGAUCAAAGAUCAACGAGUUACGAUUAUCUGCUAAAGGUAUCGAGCACAUCUCUUCCACGUUACAAUCACAGUAUACUAAAGCGCAAGAUGACAUCAACGACACAUAUAACUUCUACCGAGCCAUGCUCGAGGAGAGAAAACAAGAAGCCUUGAAAGAACUGGACCAAGCCUUCAACACCAAACAAGUUGCCAUUAGCACUCUUGCUCAGAAAAUCACGGAAUCCGUUGAAAAGCUCUACUUAGGCAGCGAAUUUGUGGAUAGGUUGAUCAAACAUGCUUCAAUGACUGAAGCUCUUUUAUUGAAGAACUUUAUUGAACAACGUUUUCAGAACAUGUUCAAUUAUUUACCAGAUCUGAAUAAAGAGAAUUAUUUCGAACUCGAAUUCGUCUCCAACUUCCAAGCCAUCCAGACAGGCGUCAGGAACACGUUUGGUUACAUUCGUCAAGGUAACGAAAUCACCAACGGACCAAAGCCCCAACCUAUCGCCCGCCCCAACGGCUAUGUUUCUACUUCCAAUUUAACCAACGGUCAUAUUUUUGACCCAUCUUGCCUGGCCAAAGAUUUUGGAACCUCCAGUCUGAUAUUUCCCCCAAACGACACAAACCAAUACGAGAAGUGGUCAAGCGGACUGGAUAUUUUACAGAACGGAAUUGAUGUGUUUUCACCACCACCAGAUCCAAUGGGUGACCUGACAUCCAAGUUAAUAAGCUCUAGUCUCUACCCACCAAAAUCACAAAUCAGACGUCAAAAGAUGAUCUAUCAUUGCCGAUUUGGAGAAUUUGGAGUCCUUGAAGGUCAGUUUACAGAGCCUAGUGGCGUUGCAGUAAAUGCUCAAAAUGACAUAAUCGUUGCAGAUACAAAUAACCACCGAAUUCAGAUCUUCGACAAAGAAGGAAGAUUUAAGUUCCAGUUCGGUGAAUGCGGCAAGAGGGAUGGACAAUUACUCUAUCCAAACCGAGUAUCUGUAGUAAAGGCAUCCGGCGAUAUAAUCGUCACAGAGAGAAGUCCGACACACCAAAUACAGAUUUACAACCAAUAUGGUCAGUUCGUCCGUAAAUUUGGCGCCAAUGUUCUACAACAUCCACGUGGGGUAACCGUUGACAACAAGGGUAGAAUCAUCAUUGUGGAAUGUAAGGUAAUGAGGGUAAUUAUCUUCGACCAGUACGGUAACGUCCUCAAUAAGUUUGGCUGCUCAAAACAUCUCCAGUUUCCCAACAGUGUUGUGGUCAACGACAAGGAGGAAAUAUUCAUCAGCGACAACCGAGCCCAUUGUGUGAAAGUCUUCAAUUAUCAAGGCCUAUAUCUACGACAGAUCGGAGGAGAGGGUAUUACUAAUUAUCCAAUUGGAGUUGGCAUCAACAGCGCCGGAGAAGUUUUAGUCGCAGAUAAUCACAACAACUUCAAUCUGACCAACUUUACACAGGAUGGCCAGUUGAUUAAUGCCCUUGAGAGUAAAGUCAAGCAUGCUCAGUGCUUUGAUGUGGCGUUGAUGGACGACGGAUCAGUGGUACUGGCAAGUAAAGAUUACAAACUCUACAUCUACAAGUAUAUGUAAAAUACUGAAAUAAUUCCGCCAGUCGAAGAUAAAUGGCUAAGCUCCAAAAUGCAAUUAUAAUAUUUCAGAUUUCUAUUAAGUUAAGGUUAUCAAGUGUUGAGCUUCUAUCAUAAUAAACUAGUUGCUUAGAUUAUCCAGUUUUUUUUUUUACAAUAACCAUGUUAUAUUAUUUAAUUAUAUUGUUAACCAAUGGAAAGCCUCCUAUUUACUAGUCAUUCUGUAGACAAGAGUUGUCUCCCCCAUGAUUGGAGUUAACUCCCUUUUUACUUAAUGGUCACAAUGGUUACUGAGAACGUUAACGUAGCUAGUUACCAUUACUACACUGAUUGGUCAGUAUUAGGUGAUCAGCACUUGUUAUGGUAACCGUAGAUACCAAAAUCGAAAUACACAUUUCAGUUUAAAUCACAAAACCCCCAUCAAAAUCAUCAAUUUCUGUAACUAUUUAUGUCACUUAUGGUUGAGUUUUCUUAUAUAUAUAUAUAUAUAUAAAUGUAUGUGGUCUCUUUUUUCCUCCUGUUUAAUUUUUGUGAUAUGGCCGUAUUAAUGUGGCUUCAAGCAUAACGUCUUUCUGUUGAAUUAUCCCCCCUACCCCUUUUAGUUAACAUAGUAAUCUCUUUAUUUAUCUUUUAGUUUUGUUAAUCACGUCUACUUGUCAUUCAUUCCCUAAUGACUAUUCAGACUGGUGAAGCACGACUAAAUUAUCAUUUUGCAUGAAUUAUAAUUAUUAUUAAAACAUUGUUAUGAUUUUUAAUUAAUUAUUUAUUAAUUAAUGAUUAAUCCUUUCCGGUCAGGUGUAUUGUUGUCAAAUUAUUUUAUUAAUUCUUGUCAACAUUGUAAAUUUAUUUUGCUUCAAAUGUUUUUUCUGGACUUGAUUCAUCCAUAGAUACAUGUACAUGUACUUUGUACUUAAAAAAUUAUUUUCAUUUUGUAAAACAAAAAAAGGAACUACACGUAUUCAAUUAAUAACUUCAUCAAUAUUAAAUCAUUAAAAAAUAAAUUUCAUUUUCAAAAUUCGAGGUGAAUAAAAUGUUUGAUCAAAAUAAAAAUAUGAAACAGAUUGCCUAUGGAUCAAUCAACCCACCGUAACUUAUGCUCUUUUGUUAAAUAUCAUAUUAUUAUUAUUAUUUUUAUAUUCUGGGAUGGAUAAGUUGGAGAGGAGUACCUACCUCAGUGAGUUGCAAUAUAGUCGAAUGAUUUUCAUUUUAUUCUCUACGCUUGCUGUCUCCGUCAAUCGGCUCCAAUAAUAGAUAUCUAGUAAUAGAUAUCAAUUAAACGAAAUUUAUUUAUGAUCUAGCUCAUAGUAAUUUACAAUCUAGCUCGAAAGUAAUUUACGAUCUAGCUCGAAGUAAUUUAGGAUUAUAGCUCGGAAGUAAAUAAGGAGAUCGUAGCUUGAAGUAAUUUGCUGAUUUAUAAACAAUAUGGUCGCAAGCGUGGACAAUAAAUGAUGGAUCCCUUAAUUGUAUUUAAGAUAAUUAUGUGUUUUUUUUGUUGAAUUUUGGUUAAAUCCUAACUAUUUUCCAGUCCUAUUAAAUUUGGUUGAUACAUGAAUUUCAACUACAUUUUCAAAGGAUUUUUUUUUUUGAUAUUAUAAUAGUCUAUUAGGUUUGAUGUAAAUAGCCGUGUUUUUUUUUUUCUCUUUUUAUUUGUAAAUGAUUUGGAUACUAACAGUUUGUCAACAAAGUGAUUUUGAUUGCGUAAAUAUACAUCUACGUUAAAAUAAGUUUAAUUUAGUGCUAAAAGGGAGAUAUGGUAGUAAUAGCGUGGACCCAGUCUGUAUCUCGUUACUUCAGAACCACAGAGACGUGUUUUUUUUUUAUACAUGUAUAAUAUAUAUUUCAUAUCCAAAUAGUUGAAUUUGAAAAUUUUGAUAAAAACUUGAAUUCACGUUUUUUUUUUAUAUCAUGAGAUGUUGAUAUUGUGGAGGAAAAGCUCCACCUGUUGUGUGUUUGUCAGCCAUGUUUAAAAGGUCGUCCUGACGAGCGUACGAACGAAACGUUAUUGUUUUCUAAAGGGGAACAACUGUAUCAGUAUUUACUCAUUUCAUAAAUAGUCUAGAUUAUUGAGUCACUAGUAGUCAUUUCCAUCCGAGAUACUGCUGGUAUUUUUUUUUCUUGUUUUAUAAACAAAUUUGUUAUUGGACGUUUUCUCAGCCAUUGAGUGCAAUUAUCCAAUCAGAAUGCUUCUAUUUAAAUGUUAAAUGUCUCGUUGAUUAUUUAGUCGUAGAAAAAGGUUGUCAAAAUAUAGAGAAGCAUUUAUUAUUGUUGAAAACAUACAGAUAUAAAAAAAAAAAAAAAAAAAAAUCUGUGUCGCGUGAAAAAUAUAUGCAUGUAGUACUAGUUAAAUGUUGGUAGCUUUGAUCAAAUUACAAGAUGUUAUUAGAGCUGCGUUUGUAAGCGUUAUUGUUAUUCAAUAAUUACUUUAAUACUAAAUAGAUAAUACAUAUCAGUUUGUUUUUAAAUAUAAAAUCUUUAUAAAUAUUUAUAUAUCACUCUUUGCCUUCAAUGUCUUGUUCUAAUCUAAAUGUAAAUAGAUUAUUAAAACAUGGGUAGGAAACCGAGCAAUAGACAUGUUGAUAUAAACCUUUGUUACUUUAAAAAAAACACAAUAUACUCAUUUAAAUACGUAAACCAAGAUUUAAAAUAAUACUUUAGAUAUCAUAAGGAUUAAAUGCCAUUCUUCAGUUUGUACUUUUAUACCCCGAGUUCGUGGAACACCAGCUUUUCAAUUAUCUGAAGAUUUCAAAUAAUUUGAUACUACUACAGAUAACCCUUUAAUUAGAAUUCGGAUAUUUUAUGGUUUUAGUUACUUUGAAUAAAAUUUGAUAACAACAUGAUAAAUAUUAAAAUCAUUUUAGUCUAAUAAACUGCAUUUAAAUUAAGAAAUAUUUUGAGGUCCUUUUCUGAUACCAGAUACCUUUCAUGAAAAUAAAAGACUUGCUCAUUUAUUUGUUACAAGAGAAUUUAUCGGAGCUUAUUAAAUCUACUAUAAUAUUCUGAAAUUUAGUUGAUAUUGAAUAGAAUUUUUAUCUUGUUAUUUAUGAAGAACUGAAGGUUGUGCUCUAUAGUUAAAUGUUAAAAAAAUAAAUCAAGUGGCAGUUCAGUCUUCCGUAGUUACGCUUUUCUCCCACACAUAGCGAUGUUGUCGUUGUCUGUACCUGUGUAAGUUCGUUCGUUGUAAACGUGCGGUAAAUAUAUUUGCACUUUGUUAAAAAGAAAAAAUUGUAGAUAUAAUAUACUUGUUGGAUGUUUUCUUUCUGCAAAAAUUUCCAGAAUUUGUAUUUUUGAAAUGUAUCCCAUUGACAUGCUAACCCUUAACUGACAAAAAAAUAAUCUAUUAAAAAAAAAAAAAGAAGAUUAAACGGCAUCGGUGCUUUUUUAUAUGUGUUGUCAUAGUAAACGGAAAUAUAUUUUUGUCUCCCUAUGAGCAAGUUAUGCAAAUCAUAAUAUUAAGAUAAAAAUAUGCAUUAUCUUCACGUUUUCUCAAUGAUAUAGUUUGUACGUGCAGUUACGAUUGUUAAAUUUGUUCUUUUUUUUCUUUUUUUGUUUUUCAUAUUUUUUCAUACCAAGAAUCUUUAUAUGAACAGCCUUGCUUUAAAUCUUGUUGUGACCAAAUCUUCAUGAAAAUUAGUAAUCUGAGUAUUUUUUCGUUUGAAUGGUACGAAUUUGGAUGGAGAUGUGAUUUUUUUACGAGAAAUCAGUUUAAAGAUGGUUUACAUGAGGUUUAACCGAGAACUAAUUUUCAUGAAGAUUUAUAGUAUUGUUAUAAACCAUUUUAUAGACUAUUUUUGCAUGUUUGCUAUUAAUCACAACAUUUCAUAUAAAAAAAAUUAACAAAAAUAAGAUUUUCAUCAAAAAAAUAUUUUUUUUUAGAAUUAUCAUUGACAAAAUGGUGCUUUAUCUCUUAAACUAAAGAAAUGGAACUGAUGUGUUUCUCUGUGAGUGUUAUCUGCAUGCAUGUGUCGUGUUUGAAGAAAUAUAACCCACAUCUUCGCAAAUGCUUCCCUUUUUCUAUGACGAGGAUUCAGAAUAACGUUGGGAUUUCGUGACAUCUUGACGGCAUAAAAGUGUGACGCUACAACGAAAAAUAUUUUUCAUAAUGCAAACUAACUUAAUAUUCAUAAAAAAAAAAUCUUCACAAAUUUUGUAUCUUUUUUUUUUUUGUUAUUUUUUUUUUAACAAUGUGUUGAAGUUACCUGAACAGUUCUUGCCGAACGCCUGCAAUUUGUAAAAAUAUAAUUUUGCCAAAAAAGUUAAUCAUUUCAAUAUAUUAACCAAACUUCGAUGUACUAUUAUUAUUACAUAAUUAUUGCUUCCAAAUAAUUUUUCUUUUGUCUGAUAUCUUUUCAUUAAUCAGUCUUUUGUUAUUUUCAUUAAGGGUCUUUGUUAAUUACUUAAUAUAUUUAAAUCCUAAUAAUCUUGUUGACAUUGUAUUUUGCUUACAAAAUUUAAACAUAAAUUAAUAUCAUUUUAAAUGCCAUGUUGUUAAUAAACAUUAUAUCACAUUCCGAAGAGCACAAAUAGAGAAUUAAACUAAUUUAUUUGUUUAGUACUUGGGACAUUUGAUUAUGACUUAAAAUACAUUUUAAUAGUAAUAUCAACAUUAUUAUCACUGCCUAUAACUCAAAAUUAUCAAAUCAACUGGUAUUUUGCAACUGGUUAUGUUUUAAAUAUGAAAGGUGCAUGGCUUCAGAGUUUUUGAGAAACUUUUUAAAAUUGAAAUUAAACGUUACAAUGUGUUAAAAAAACUUUGGAAGAAUUAUCAACAUUUAUUGUCAACUUUAGAAAUCAUUUUUAACUUACACCUUUUAAAAUUUAAACUUUGAGCUACAGAAGUUGUUUAUUACCAAAAAUAAUACCAAGAAAUAUUUAUUAAAUACUGAUUUUCAAAAUUUUCUAUAUCCAACAGCUAUUGCGUCCAUGACAAUGAAUACUUAAUAAAAUACAUAUCAUAUAUCCAUAACAAAACGCCAUCAAUCUUAAAAUCAAAUUCAGUAAAAAAUUUAGGGGAUUUUCUUUUUUUGUUAAAAGUGUAUUAUUUCUUUGUUAUUUUUUUUGUUUUAUAAAACAAUUUUUAAUAAAAAAUAAAUGUCAAAAUCUAAAGCAAUAAGACUAAUUAUUUGUUUCAAAAUUAAGCAUCUUUUGAAAAAAAAAACAAAAACAAAAAGGAUUUAUUAACCAAUUAACGGCCUUAAAGCAUUAUGAAUAUUCAUACAUUUUAAUUAUGCAAAUGAAUUCCUAGCUAUAUGUCAUUAACAUAGUAUUCACCUUUUUCACAAUUCGUACAUCAUUAAACUGUCGUCAUAUAACCAAUUAACUUUGAAACAGUUUUCCUUGAAUUGUGGAAUGGAUUUGUAUUGCUUGGUUGCCUUGGAACUAAGCUUAAGUUCAGUGUUUUAGAUUUUUGUCCCAAGAAAACUUGAAAGAAAAGCUUAUUGGCAAUGUAUUAGUCAAAUAUGAUUUUUCAUAUGUCAGCGUUCAACGUUUCCUGUCCGAUUAUGAAUGUCCGAAAAUUGUUUCAUUGCUUAAUUAGGUUAGUUGUUAAUAUUAUUAAAAAGUUGAUUUUGUGUUUUAUUUUUGAAGUGCCAAGCCUGGUACGAUUUAAGCCCGCCAUGGAAGAGAUAACAAAGCUUUAGAUAUUCAGAUAUUAACAAAGAUAUAUUAAUAUUUAUUGUACUAUGUAUUGUUUGUAACUCCUCCGAUAUACCAACUGUACAACUAUGGUUUAUAAUUGAAAUUAGAACUGUAUAACUAACUUUUAUAAAUUGAAAGUAGAAGAAAUAUAAACUUUACAAUUAGCUUUAUGUUGGACAAAGUGAUGUCUAAGACAGAUGAAUUGGGAUUUUGGGAGAUUAAUUUAUCGGAUGAAACUGUUUUCAGAAAAACAAUCCACGUUUGGUUUUGCAACUGAAUUUAAUAAAAUGACUUGUUUUUAUGUAUAAAAAAAAAAAAGAAAGAAAAGAAUUUAUGAACAUGGAGAUUUUGAAUUGGCUCAUUAGUUAAUGACUUUAUUUUUUCAGAAAAAAUGAUUUUUGAGAACUUUUGAACAAUUUGUUUUUGUAAAAUCUUUUGCAGAGAAUUAUUAUGAAUGUUAUAAGUGUCUGGUUUAUGCUGCAAUGUUAUCGGGGCCUUUUCUUUUUUAUACGAAAUAGAAGAAAAUCAAAAAAUUACCAAACCUGCCAAAUAAUAUUGUUUUCCGUGUGUAUUGCUUCGAUUAUUAUUAUUACUAUAUGGAAUAUUAUUAUAUUAUUACUAUUAUUAUUAGAUGUUCAUUAUUACGAUGUGUGUAGUUAAAUGGCUGUAUGUUCUCAUUGUUAUUAUUCUUCUAUUUUCUAACAUCUAUCAAUCGACCAUGUUUUGCUCCUGCGUACGUCCGUGCCGUUAUUUUUAGCUUCAUUCCAGACAUGUUUUGUAAGUGCGACGAUAGAAAUUGACGGAAGGUGUUGCGCACACCAUGUUGCACUCGCAGCUUUUUGUGUUGUGUGAUUAAAUCGGAUGAACUUACGAGUGCACAUGAAUUGAAUGUUGUCAAUGUGUCAAAUCUUUUAUAUUUAAAAUGAAUGAAACUGUUUUUCAUGUACAUGGUAAACGUAAUCUGAAUGUGGUUAUUUUUAUUUUCUUUGCAUUAAAAAAAAAAGCAGACAAUUACAAAUAAUUAUCUUCUGACUAAAAGCUUGCCUGACAUUGGAAAUAGAAAUUGAUCAUAUUGGUCAAUCCUCGUCAUGUGAGAAGAAGAAUGAUAAUAUGGUGAAAGAGUGUAGGCAUCCAUGUUGAAUAAAUUAUGCAAUUUUUUUUUACAUUUGUCUGCUCAUAGAAAUUUUAAUAGAUGUUUUGAGGUGAAAUUUCGAUAGAUACUGGUUGUUAAAACUUCCUGAAUAUUUUUAUUAUUAUUAUAUUUUGACACAUAAAUCAGAUCUGAUAUGUAAUAGAUUAAUUGUUGUAAAAGAAUGCAUAAAGGGGAGUAACUCUAGUAGUCAACAGCCAGUGGUAGCUUAUUAUAUUUUGUGCGUGUUCUCUCAUACCAUGUUAUAUUGUGUUAAAUUCUGAAAAAUGUUAAGUUUUAAAGUGUACCUUAGUUUUGCCUAUUCUAGUUAUGUUGUUUAUAUAGAUUAGUUGAUUUUAUUAUGUAUAUAUGUUAUUAUCCAGUCAUUCGUUUUCUUUGGGUCUUUUUUUUCAAAUAAAAUACAAAAUACUUCUAUUCCUUAUCUUAUAUUUCAUUAUUAUUAAUAUGAUCUUAAUGGGUGAAAAUGUCUAUAUUAUAAUUAUUAUUAUUAAUAUUAUUAUUAUUAUUAUAAUCCUGAGUUUAAUUUAUCUGAUGCAGUAUUGUGAUGUUAUUAUUACUGUCAUGUAGUCAUAUGACAUGGGACAACCAAUCAGAUUAAUCAAACAGAAACAGGUGCCCUUUUGUCAUAGAGGGUUAUCAGUAACGGGUCUAUUGGGAUUGAAUGAUGAUGAUGAUGAUGUAAUUUAGGAUCUUGAACAGAUCAGAAUACUGGAGGUUUGAUCAAAACUUUAAAAAGUCCAGCCAUAAGAAGGAAAUAAUUUGAAUUGAAAAAUACUCUUAAUGUCCCAUGAUCAUUAUGAUCUCAUGUCCCUGCAUGCUUCAACUCCACUUUCAAAAUCUUUUUGAAAAUUAUGAAUUUUGGUGUCAUGACUUCAGAAAUGAUGGAAUAAUUGAUUUCAGAAAUGUGAUUUUUCUAGCAAUGUAAACCACUCUGUUGAAUUAAAACUUGGAUCAUGAAUUAUACCGUGAAUAUUUGCUACUAAAUUCCUUCUUAGAAAUACACAUGCUCAAAUAAUAAGUCUGAAGAUUGAAUCUUAUAGUGCAAUAAAUUGAUCAGGGUAUAAAAAACAAAAUUUUAUAAUGUAAUCAAAAUAGUCUCAUUCAGAAAGUGGAGUUGGAUCCAGUGCCCAUUAAAUCCAUUCAGUGUUUUAAGUUUAACUGUCACAUGACUUUUAGGUUUCUAGUGGAGUGGCGAUAAUGUAUUUUAAAAUUGAAAUGAAAAAAAUAAGAUAACGUGGGGAAUAAAAACAAGGGUGAAUAAUUAAUAAAAUGUUAUGUGAACUUUAUAAUUAGAUCUGAAAUUAUCUUAAUCUUAUUCCUUGUUUACGUUGUAAUUUGAUUUUUUGGGGGUUCAAUUUUUUUUUUUCAAAACCUUCAUUUUUGUUUUUUGUUGUUUUUAAAACCAUUCAUCAUCACACCUUGCAAUUCAGUUUAAGAAAAAAAACACCAAGGCACUUGUCGAAAAAAAAAAGGCUGGAUAUUCAGUGAAAAAAGAAAAAAAAUGUUGAAUUGUAAAAUAUGUUUAUUUUAGUAGACUAUUUGAAAUGUUCAAUCCCAGCUUGAAAUUAAUUUAUGUCUUGAAAAACUUGACUAUAACUAGAAUCAUUACCUCAUGUCAUGAUAAAAUACUAAACCACCAGCAGUCAGGUUAAUCCUGUCUACCCGUGUGCCUUGAUACUAUAAAUAACCAUAAAUAAUAUAUUAUAGAAAUAAAUGGUAUUACUAUAUUGGCUGUAAGUAAAAUGAAUUGUUGCUAGGUAAUUAUUUUAUUUAUUUUCAUCAUGGAAUCUCUAUUUAUCAUCCUAACAUUUUUAUCUUGCCAUUCUUUUUCUCUUAUGAUGAAAUUAUCUCCUCUAGAAAUGAAGUUCUUUCAUUUUGGCCAGUCAAACAAUUGAAACUCCCAUGUUCCAUAAGGAAAUAUCAGUGGCUUGACUGAUUGAUUCUCUUAAUAAAUAUUCAAAAAAGGGGUACAGCGUGGCUACGCAAACGAACGAAAUAUUGAAUUCAGAUUGUAUCAAAAAACAUUAAAAGCCUUAAAUAUUAAAAAAAAAACCUAAAAAUUGAUCAGGUUUUUUUAAAAACAGUAUCAGGGAUUUUAUACGAGCCAGUAAAUAAAAUUUAAAAAUGUGAUCAAAAAGACCUGACUACCAGAGACUUCAUUUCUAUCAUCCAGGCCAUUCCACUAGUAGAUGUUUUGUUAAUUUAUUUAUUAAACAUACUCUGCAUAAUAAUCUAUUAUUAUUAUUAUUAUUAUUAUAUCAUACUCUCACGGCUUAUGUUAAAACAAGGGUUUUAUCAGAACCCUAUUAUCAGUUUUAGUUCAGUUAUUAUAAUAGGUGUGUUUGUUUGACGGGAUCGAAAUCUACAUAAGUUGUAAUGGGUAUAAGACUGCAUUAAUUUGUCCUAUAAGUACAGAUCGUUCCAAGCUACUCAAUGGGAUAUUGUGUUGACUGAUAUAUCAAAUCUGGAGUAUCCAUAACCUAAAACAGAUUUAAGCCAAUUUCCGUUGCUACCCAUCUUAGUAUCUAAUAUCAACCAUUGCUUCGAAAUUUAAGAUCGUAGAUCCAUGGAUUUGACAAAUGCCGAUUUGAUUUUCCUUCAAUCAAGCACACCCAUGAUUAACUAAGUCAUUAUUAUUAUUAUUAUUAAUGAAAUAGCUACCCCCUCGUAUUUCCAUACUGUUAUUUUGGACCAGUCUGUUUUAGUUUCAAUUGUAUCGAAACAUUCCAAAUUAGGCAUCAAAUUGUUAGGUUACCAGAUUAUCUAAAUUAGUUGCCAUGGAGAAAUAUAAAUUUUUAAAAAUUUAUACAUGUUAGUACGCAAUUUCUAGUGUUUUACCAGAAAUAUCACUCCCCUUUUAUUGUUGAAAUUUAAAUUAAUUAUUAUUCCCUUAAAUGAUGAAAUAAAUUACGAAUUGAUUGUACGCGUUGGAAAACUAGCGAUGAUAAAAAAAAAAACAGGACAAACACAACUAAGAAUUGUGGGAUUGUUGUCUCUCAGUGUGUUGGUUGUCGUGGUGAUGUAUGAACGCUUUGCCAACAUUAUCGCACAUUUUAAAGUUUGUUCAAUUUAAUUAAUUUAGUUUAUUUAGUGUUAUUGAUCAAUUCUUUUUGACUGCUGUCUUUUAAUGUCGGCUGCCUGGCAGGCCAUUUAUUUGGUUACUACUAUUACUACUACUAUUAUUAUUAUUAUUAUUAGAAUUAUUAUUAUUAUUAUACGUUUCAAUGUGUAGGAUAGAUUGAUAUUAAUUAUAAUAUUUGUUGCAAAUUUUUUGAUAUGGUUUGUUUUCCAGUUAAUGCUGAAAUAUAUUUACCAAAAUUAUAAUUUAUUUCGUAUGUAUAUCAAAAGUGCUUUAAGUAUGUGCAUUUAGACUUCAGAAUACACAAGACAACAUAUAAAUGAGCUUUAAAUUUGUUAUACAACUAUAUACAAAUGUUUGUCGAAUUCUGAGAGUGAAUUUUGUUUUUUUUAUACUGAAUUCAGAUUUAGGGAACUAAAUUAUAAUUUUGGUCUAUCAUGUUGAUUAACCCUUUAAAUUGCGAGUAUUGUUUUCCUACCCUCCCACUUUCUUUAUUUUAUCAUUGGGAAAAUAAUUAACAGCUUAGCUGUCGAUAAGUCUUAUAAAAGCUAAAAUCUCUUCAACUUGAUUAAAAAUAUAAAUUGGUACUCAGUUGACCAAGGGGUUUGAAGUCUGCAUUAAACAAAGUUAAUGUCUUGUCAUUUUCCUCGCCAAUUUUAAAGGGUUAAUCAACACAUUUUGUUUGCUUAUGUUUGAUUGGUCAAUUUGAAAUGACUUGAUCUCUGUGAGCCAAUCAUUGGACAGGAGUAGGUCUUCAUAUUUAUAUAGCAUCAUCGGUAUUUUGUGUCCAAUGAAGAAUUAAGGAUAAUUUUUACCCUAAUACACCAGGAUUUUUGUUAUUAUGAGUGUAACUGAAUGGUAUUCAAUAAAGUAUUUUGUUUGCUUA